AUGACUGUCGUAGAGUACCUUAGGGAGAUCAGGAGAUCAACUGAUUUCAAGAGGGUGAUACGAGUAGUGAAUUUGGCACUGGGGAUGAUAACAGGAAUGGGAAGUAACAAUAGUAGUAAGGGUGAUAACAAUAGUAAGGGUGGUAGUAAGGGUAAUAAGAAUAACAAGGGUAAUACAAUAAUAACUAAUGACGAUAGUAAGGUUAACAACUGUAAUAGUAAGAACGACAGUAAGGUUAACAACUGUAAUAGUAACAACAGUAAUAACAGUAACAACCUACAUUUGGAUGAACUACUUCAUAGGCUGGGUGCAUCAUAUGCUAAUACAGGCAACUUAUCAGUUAUUGAUCAGAUACUCCAGCACGUCAACAGUGGAUCAGAUGACACUCGUAGACACGCAGUCAUUGCCCUUGGACUGGUGAUAGGCUACAACACAAUAUUGAUCAGACAGAUCAUGAUUCCACUUGCUACCUCCCACUCAAUGCAUGUCAGGGCAGCAGCAGCCAUCUGCCUGGGCUUCUUCAGCACCGAGACAGUCGAUGAAUCCGAGGCUGCCACCGUGAUCGGCCUCCUUGAAGCCCUUCUCUUCGACACAGAAGACCUGGUCAAACAGCAGGCAGCAAUUGGAAUUGGAAUAGCCCUACAGCAGUACAACGAGGUCGACUACACCAACAAGAGCAGCACGCCCAACUUCGUACGAAUAGCAAAGUGGCUCAACUCAACCAUCGCAAACAGAGUCGACUCAAAGUGCGUGAAGAUUGGCGCAUCACUGGGGAGAUCACUGAUGGAAUUGGGAGGGAGAUCGGCCAUUCUGAGCAUCAGAAACAUGAAUGGGCAGACUGAUCCAUUCAGGGUGGCAGCAUUCCAACUAAUGGCCCAUACGUGGUAUUGGACUCCACUGACUGCAAUUGUAUCAGCACUGGUUCUGCCUACACCGUGCAUCAGACUCGAUUCAGGCAACCAGACGACUGAGACCACCACAAUCAGCACCAAAUACAGGGAGACAUUCGUGUUCAUGGACGAGACAAAGAGAAGCAGGCGAUUCAAGAGAAACAAGAAGGAGAAGAUUGGAAACAUCACGAGGAAGCACGAUGGUGAGUUGAAGAACAUGGCCAAGAUCAACUACAAGGACGUCAUCAGGAGAAACAGGUGGAAUAUGAUAGAUUGGACUGGUGAUAGCUAG